AUGUCCACCGCCAAGGUCAACGAAAAGGCGCAUGUCGAGCAUCAUGAUCACGGCCAAUCGCCCACCGCCUCUCCGACAACCUCACGCGCCGACCCGUCGCUAGAAAACCUCACUGCCGCAAACAGGAAACUCGACAAUCCGCUGCGAGGGAUUCCACGAGAACGACUGCUCAGCGAUGUAGAGCUAUUUGCGGAGGAGAAGGGCUUGAAGGACAUCCUUCUGGAGCUCAGAAAAGGCGCGUUAGUUGCCCAAGAUCCGGCGGCAUUCGAAAGCGUCGACCUCCUCGAAGAAAACGACAAAUACCACAUCCGGCGUGAGACGACUCAUAGAUAUAGUCAAACUUGGAGCCUCUACUACAUGGUUGUAAUGUCUUCGCUCGCAGCAGCUGUGCAGGGAAUGGACGAGUCUGUCAUUAAUGGUGCACAAAUUAUCUACCCAGAACAGUUUGGUAUCGGUGGCACGAGUCAACGCGAUUCUUGGCUAGUUGGCCUUGUUAAUUCCGCCCCUUAUCUCUGCUGCGCCCUCAUCGGCUGUUGGAUAACGGACCCUAUGAACGAGGCAUUAGGACGCAAGAAAACGAUCUUCGUUACCUGUCUGAUCAGUUUCCUCACUUGCAUCUGGAGCGCGUUCACGAACACAUGGUGGCAUCUUUUCAUCGCGCGGUUCUUCCUUGGUUUCGGAAUUGGUCCAAAGUCUGCGACCGUCCCCAUCUACAGCGCAGAAUGCGCCCCUGCUUCGAUUCGAGGUUCCCUUGUCAUGAUGUGGCAAAUGUGGACAGCGUUCGGUAUCAUGAUUGGCGACUUAAUCGACGUCGCAUUCUACUUCGUUCCCGACCACCCACACGUUACCGGCCUCAAGUGGCGCCUCAUGCUCGGCUCCGCUGGAAUCCCAGCCCUUAUCGUUUGCUGCCAAGUAAUGUUCGCCCCCGAAAGCCCUCGUUGGUUGAUUGGUCGGGGUCGUUAUCGCGAAGCCUACAACGAGCUCGCCCGGUUGCGCUUUAGCCCUGUCCAGGCCGCACGCGACCUGUACUACAUCCACGUCACCCUCGAGGCAGAGAAGGAGAUCGCGCGGGGACGGAACAGGCUUGUUGAGAUGUUCACUGUCCCCCGGAACCGCAACGCGACUGUGGCAAGCUUCAUCGUCAUGUUUGGCCAGCAGUUCUGUGGUGUUAAUGUUAUUGCCUAUUAUUCGAGCACGGUCUUCUUCCAAUCUGGAUUCUCGCGCGUCUCGUCCCUCCUUUCCUCGUUCGGCUUUGGCCUGAUCAACUUCGUAUUUGCGCUCCCGGCUGUUUUCACCAUCGAUACCUUUGGGCGACGCAACUUGUUGUUGUUCACCUUCCCGUGGAUGGCGGUCUGUCUCCUCAUCACGGGCUUCUCGUUCUGGAGCACCAAUCCGAAAGGACUCGUCGCGGGAGUGUCGUUGGGCAUCUACCUUUUCGGAAUCGCGUAUUCCCCGGGCGAGGGACCUGUGCCGUUCACCUAUUCUGCUGAAGCGUUCCCGUUGUACAUCCGUGAGCUCGGCAUGAGCUUUGCGACCGCGACAACUUGGUUCUUCAACUUCGUCCUCGCUAUCACCUUCCCAUCGCUGCUCAAUGCGUUCAAGCCUCAAGGCGCGUUUGGCUUUUUAUGCAGCUUGGUGCUGCGUGCUCUGGGUGCUUGUCCUGCUUUUCUCCCAAUGAGAACUCAUGCGGCAUAUGGCCUGCGGCAGGUGCCGUAUGGCUUCAAGAAGUUCAUUUUGCGGCGGAAGAAUGUCAAGCCUGUCAGGCUGUACAUCGAUGAGGACGAGGGUGAAGUAGGGGAGACGGUGGGCAAGCAGGAGAUUGGGAAUGUGGAUUUGGGUGGGCGGACGAAGGGCGAAAGUGGUCUAGGGGAUGUCGAGAAGCGGCAGAUGAAGGAAGAUCAAGCAUGA